AUGGCCAGGCCGCUGGCGCAGCUCGUGGAGGACUACCUAGACGAGGAGCAGUAUGCGCUGGCGAGCACGCCGCUCGCACAGUGGGCGGACGCGAUUCCGGUCAAAUUCGACACGGUGUGGGAGCUGUUGUCCCAUGAACCGAAUGGCGAGCUGGACUCGGAGCAGCCAUGGCACUCUCCUAUGGCAGAGUUUUGGAUGGGACCGGCGCGUUCACGGUCUUUUACACCGACUGCCAGCCCGUCCAAAGGGCGCGAAUCGUGGCUCGAGUCGUCCGAGCAGAAACACUACCAGCCGACUGAAGGCGCGUGGCGCACGCUCGGUGCGCUCGCUCAGAUUUGCCAGUGGGAAAAGGCACGGGACACGCUGUUCUGUACUCUGCACGGCAAGGACGAAAUGCGGACCCUGGUCAAGCUGCUCUUUUCGUUUCCGUGGCAGGCACCGACGGAGGACGAGGACGAGAGCAGGAACGAUCGGGAUGCACUCCAAGAGAGGGUAGAGACAACAGCUAUUGUUUAUGGCGCACUCGCUACCUAUUCUGCUCAAAAUGCGGCGCUCGCUGUCGCACUCCAAUAUACCACGGCAUACUUUUUCAGCAUGCUCAAGCAGAUUCACUUGGAAAUUUUAUGUGAAACGCGCGUCAAGGAUUCGUGGGCUUUUCUUGAUGCCAUUUACUUGUAUCUAUACCAACGGUGCGACCCAGACCACGCCAAGGAGGGGCAGAUGCGCACCAGCCACACGAUGGCUUCCUCCGAGCUCGCCCAUUGGAUCCAGCUUCCCUUUUUCUACGCCGGCACUUUAUCUGCACCCGUUUCCCGCAACGACAAGGUCGAAGUGGCCGUAUUCUCCGAGUGCAUGACAGAGUGGUACCGCAACCUAUGGCUAAAGUGCUACCUGCUUCGCACGCUCGCGCAAAAAUCAGUGCCUAUUGACGACGGCGUGUGGACAAUGUUGCUUGGCGAAUUGGCCGAUGCCAAGCGGACCAUGGAAGACAGCGCCGAGGAACACGAGGCCACCGCCAUGCUGUUGGACGAGGACUCGCUCGAAGAGACGCCGACGGCAGAGGCACAAACUCACCCUUUUACUACGUUAUUGGACCCUGUGGAGGUCCUCAUCAACAUAGCUUCGUUGUACCAUGGCAAGGCAUAA